GCGGUACUGUGGAUACUAUUGUCGGAUUUCAAGCGCCGUCGUGAAAAAAUACACAGUAUCUAUUCCAGCCGUCGGAGCUUCAGUCCUCGGAAAGGUAGGACUGCUGUAAGACCGCACAUGGAUGGUCUUUUCAAAAAGGACCGGGGGACGGUUUGCUGAAAUUACCUGAGGAGGAGACGCAAGGAUCGGACUAGGAGGGCGUAAUGAAGGAUCGUCUGGCCGAGUUGGCUGCUAGUAACAACCAAGCAGAGGAGGAUGUCGAUGUUACAGAGAACUGCAGAGAUGGCUACAUGGAAAGCUAUUUCAGGAGGGUGGAGGAAGUUAGAGAACUUAUUGAUAAAAUCUCCUACCAAGUGGAGGAGGUGAAGAAGGUGCACAGCAUAAUCCUGUCUGCACCCAACCCGGAUCACAGGACAAAGGUUCAGUUAGAUGGACUGACCAACGAUAUCAAAGGGAAUGCCAAUGUGGUGCGAACUAAAUUAAAAUUCAUGGAGCAAAGUAUACCAAAAGACGACGUUGUGAACAGAGCUUCUGUUGACUUCAGGAUCCAGAAAACACAGCACAUUGUGCUGUCACGGAAGUUUGUGGAAGUCAUGACCCAAUAUAAUGAGACUCAAGUGUCUUUUCGGGAACGGAGCAAAGGAAGAAUCCAGAGACAACUGGAGAUAACUGGAAGAGUGACCACCAAUGAAGGAUUGGAGGAUAUGUUGGAGAGUGGAAAUCCAUCAAUCUUCACAUCUGAUAUCAUUUCUGAUUCCCAAAUCACUCGUCAGGCCUUAAAUGAGAUAGAAUCCCGUCACCAGGACAUCAUGUGUUUGGAGUCCAGCAUCAGGGAUCUUCAUGCAAUGUUCAUGGACAUGGCACUGCUGGUAGAAAGUCAGGGGGACAUGGUAAACAACAUUGAGAAUAAUGUCUCUAAUGCAGCUGAGUACAUUUAUUGUGCAAAAGAAGAGACUAAAAAGGCAGUGAGAUACCAGAGGAAAUCACGUAGGAAAUACAUCAUCCUUUCCUUUGCUCUGUUGAUCCUGCUUGCUGUCAUUGCACUAAUUGUUGGCCUGUCUGUCGGACUAACCAAACGCCCUCAAUGAGGCCUGUUGUCAUCAUUGCAUGAGAUGUUUCUCUACCUAGCCCUGUGUGGAGGUGUCCUACUUUUACUCAUCAUACUAGUUGGAGUCUAUGGCUGAUGGAUUUCUUGGUUCACAAACUUAGUUUGCCAGCUCCACAAUAAGAUAAAUAUUCUCAAUUUAGUACCAUCACAAGAAAGGUUUCCUUAGCACUGAGAAGUAAGUAUAUUGAAUGCAAUACAGUUUGCACAAGGCACAUCAGACCUUCUAGUUAAUCAAAAAAAUAAAAAAAUAAAUACAUAUAUAUAUAUAUAUAUAUAUAUAUACACUCACUGACCACUUUAUUAGGUACACCUGUCUGCAAAUUUCUAAUCAGCCAAUCACAUGGCAGCAACUCAAUGCAUUUAGGCAUGUAGACAUGGUCAAGACGAUCUGCUGCAGUUCAAACCGAGCAUCAGAAUGAGGAAGAAAGGUGAUUUUAGUGACUUUAAACAUGGCACGGUUGAUGGUGCCAGACGGGCUGGUCUGAGUAUUUCAGAAACUGCUGAUCUACUGGGAUUUUCACGUACUACCAUCUUUAGAGUUUACAGAGAAUGGUCCAAAAAAGAGAAAAUAUCAG